CAAAUAUCUUAUCUUUUCUAUAUUUUUCCUCUGGACAUCAAAACACACAUGUCCUUAAACACUGCUACACUGCACAAAUUGUAACCUACUCGUGUCGUGUCUUUCACGUUUGUGCCACUUCUUCCAUUUUCAACACUUCCUCGAUUCACAAGGUGAUUGAGGUUAACAAAUACCAAUUUAAAGCUGAAGAAUAUGGUUAAACCUGAUUAUGAUGACACUGUUUCUGGAACUAGCAGCAGAAACCAAUUAAGAAAUGCCAACAUGAAGAAAGGAAAAGGACUAUUUCAAUCAAGAACUGAUAAGGGGAGUCAUUCUGACAGCAACAAUCAAAUGAAUGGAAUUGCAAAGGAUGAUAAUUCAGGAAGUCAACUGACCUGCACUUUCUGCAUAUGCAAAAAAAGUUGCCGAGUUGUACGGUCAAGAUCAAAAUUAAUGAAUAUUCUGAUUGAAUGCGGAAAACCACAGGCAGCUAAUGUGAUUUUUGAUAAAUUGAGUGAAGAAGGGCACCAGCCAUCUUUAAUAACAUACACAUCCUUGCUAAAAGCCUUGACCAUUCAGAGGUGCUUCAAAUCUAUACGUUCCAUUGUCUCACAAGUGGAAGAAAAACAAAUGAGUCCCGACUCAAUAUUUUAUAAUGCUGCUGUAAAUGCGUUCGCUGAAUCUGGAAACAUGGAAGAUGCAAACAAAACUGUUAAGAAAAUGAAAGAUAGUGGACUAACAGUUAGCACUGGCACUUAUAACACAUUGAUAAAAGGGUAUGGGAUUGUAGGUAAGCCUGAAGAAUCAAUGAAGUUGCUAAAGCUUAUGUCAACAAAUGGAAAUUCGAAACCAGAUCUCAGGACAUACAAUAUGCUUAUCAGAGCAUUGUGUAAAUCGGGGAACAUGUCUGAGGCAUGGAAUAUGGUGUGUAAUAUGUCUGCUUCUGGAAUGCUACCUGAUGCUUUUACUUUUAACACUGUGGCAAUGGCUUAUGCUAAUAAUAGUGAGACUUCUGAGGCUGAAGCAAUGGUUUUAGAGAUGCAGAGGAAAGGUUUCGAACCAAAUGCAAGAACUUUCACUGGUGUUAUAACUGGAUAUUGUAAAGAACGUAAAAUUAAGGAAGCCCUACAGUUCAUAUACAGAAUAAAGGAUUUGGGGAUGCGGCCAAAUCUUAUUAUGUUUAAUGCACUGGUUAAUGGUUUUGUGGAUAAGAUGGAUAGAGAUGGUGUUGACGAGGUGCUGAGGUUGAUGGAAGAAUUUCAAAUCGAACCAGAUGUGGUAACAUACAGCACUAUAAUGAAUGCAUGGAGCCAAGCUGGAUUUCUGGAGAAAUGCAAGGAAAUCUACAAUAACAUGUUGAAAUCUGGUGUAAUGCCAGAUGUGCAUACUUACAGUAUUCUCGCUAAAGGUUACGUGCGAGCACAAGAAACACAAAAAGCCGAAGAACUGCUUAAUGACAUGAUUGUAUCACGUGUCCAUCCGAACGUUGUUAUAUUUACAAAUGUCAUAAGUGGAUGGGGCAGUGCUGGCAGAAUGGACAAUGCUAUGAAGGUCUUCGACAAGAUGUGUGAAUUAGGGGUUUCUCCAAAUGUAAAGACUUUUGAGGCACUUAUCUGGGGAUAUGCAGAAUCAAAACAGCCAUGGAAAUCCGAAGAAAUACUCCAAUUAAUGGAAGAUUUUCAUGUUCAACCUGAGAAGUCCACAAUUUCGCUUGUUUCGAAAGCUUGGCGUUUAUCUGGAUUAACCAAAGAGUCAAAUACUUUACCGAGAACUUCAAGAACCAAUCAAAUGAUCAAUUUUAUAGAGGAAGAUGAAAGUACAGCUACAAGCUCAGAGAUAUUUUACCAAAAGCCACACAGUGCUUCUUUAAGUAGUCUCUUGCAGCCUCCGUCGGUAGGUUCGACUUAUAAAAAAGGUACAAGUUUAGCAGCUAGAAGAAAUACAUUGAUCACAAAUAAAUUCAAGUGUCAUUCUCAAGUUUGUAGAUUUGGUGAAGGGUUUUCCAUCAUGUGUUACAAACAGUUUCAAGGUCAGCAGCAUGGUACAUACCAACUUGCAAAUUCAUGUUCAUCUGUAUUUCUAAACUAAAAGGGUUUGAGAGGUGAAGUGUGGAAUCACUUUUUGAUGUAGCUCAACGAAAACUUUUCAUGUUUUAUAAAACCUAAGUACUCCUUACAUUUUCACGUCAUCAAAUAUUUAAAAGACUUGUAUGUUAUUCUUUGCAACUUUCAAUAUCUCUAGCUGUUACAUUCC